GCCCCCCGCCCGGCCCCCGCCGCCUCCCGAUGCCGGCCCGCGCCGCGCCGCUGCCGCCGGCCCCGCUGCCCGCCGAGCUGCGCCGACGGCUGCAGGACCUGGAGCGGGAUGAGGAGAACCUGGGAGAGAAGGAGAGCGUCCAGGAGAAGCUGAGCCUCAUCCACGGCUUCCUGCAGGCCGAGGUGCAGCUGCAGCUCAGCGAGCUCGAGGCGAAGCUGCGCCGCGAGGAGCUCUCCGAGGAGCGUUACCUGGCCAAGGUGAAGGCGCUGCUGCGCCAGGAGCUGUCGGCGCAGAAUGGCGGCGGCGCCGGCGGCUCCGGCAGCGACGGCGAGGACUCGGAGCGCGCCGGCGACGACGACGGCGCCGCCAUGGAGCUCGGCGGGGACGCCCCGGCGCCGUCCCGCGCCGGCAGCGCCGCACGGGCGAGGAAAUCCCGCCGGGGCCGCUCCAACGGAGACGCCAGAAAGUCCCCGGGCAGCUCCCGCGUCACGCGCAGCUCGGGCCGGCAGCCGUCCAUCCUCAGCCUCCUGUCCAAAGGCUCCAACAAGCGGAAGUCGGAGGAGGCCAACGGGGAGGCGAAGCCGGAGCUGAUGAGCCUGGACAGGGAGGAGGAGGAGCUGGAGGACAAGGAUCAAGACGAGAAAAGGAUGAAAAUGGAAACCAAAGACGGGUCGGAAAUCAAAGACGAAAUCCCUCAGGUUAAAAUCACUGCCUCUGCUAAAACCACCCCCCCAAAAUGCCUCGACUGCCGGCAGUACCUGGACGACCCCGACCUCAAAUUCUUCCAAGGAGACCCCGACGACGCCCUGGAGGAGCCCGAGAUGCUGACGGACGAGCGCCUCUCCAUCUUCGACGCCAACGAGGACGGAUUCGAGAGCUACGAGGACCUGCCCCAGCACAAGGUCACCGCCUUCAGCGUCUACGACAAGAGGGGACACCUCUGUCCCUUCGACUCCGGCCUCAUCGAGAGGAACAUCGAGCUCUACUUCAGCGGCGUCGUCAAACCCAUCUACGACGACAACCCCUGCCUGGACGGGGGGGUGAGAGCCAAGAAGUUGGGGCCCAUCAACGCCUGGUGGAUCACCGGCUUCGACGGCGGCGAGAAGGCGCUCAUCGGCUUCAGCACCGCCUUUGCCGACUACAUCCUGAUGGAGCCGAGCGAGGAGUACGCGGCCACCUUCGCGCUGAUGCAGGAGAAGAUCUACAUGAGCAAGAUCGUGGUGGAGUUCCUGCAGAACAACCGGCACGUCAGCUACGAGGACCUGCUCAACAGGAUCGAGACCACGGUGCCGCCGGCGGGGCUCAACUUCAACCGCUUCACCGAGGACUCUCUGCUGCGGCACGCGCAGUUCGUGGUGGAGCAGGUGGAGAGCUACGACGAGGCCGGCGACAGCGACGAGCCCCCGGUGCUCAUCACGCCCUGCAUGAGGGACCUCAUCAAGCUGGCAGGCGUCACCCUGGGCAAGAGGCGCGCCGUGCGGCGCCAGGCCAUCCGGCACCCCACGCGCAUCGACAAGGACAAGGGUCCCACCAAGGCCACCACCACCAAGCUGGUGUACCUCAUCUUCGACACCUUCUUCUCGGAGCAGAUCGAGAAGGACGAGCGCGAGGACGACAAGGAGAACGCCACCAAACGCCGGCGCUGCGGCGUCUGCGAGGUGUGCCAGCAGCCCGAGUGUGGCAAGUGCAAGGCGUGCCAGAACAUGGUCAAGUUCGGGGGCAGCGGCCGCAGCAAGCAGGCGUGUCUGCAGAGGAGGUGUCCCAACCUGGCGGUGCGCGAGGCAGACGAGGACGAGGAGGUCGAUGACAACAUCCCCGAGAUGCCCUCGCCGCGGAAGAUGCUGCAGGGCCGCAAGAAGAAACAGAACAAGAGCCGCAUCUGCUGGGUGGGGGAACCUGUCAAGAGCGACGGCAAGAAGGAUUAUUACCAACGCGUGAGCAUCGACUCCGAGACGCUGGAGGUGGGAGACUGCGUGUCCGUGAGCCCCGACGACCCCACCAAGCCCCUCUACCUGGCCAGGGUGACGGCCAUGUGGGAGGACAGCGGUGGCCCCAUGUUCCACGCUCACUGGUUCUGCCCGGGCUCGGACACGGUCCUGGGGGCCACCUCGGACCCUCUGGAGCUGUUCCUGGUGGACGAGUGCGAGGACAUGCAGCUGUCCUACAUCCACGGCAAGGUCAACGUCAUCUACAAGGCGCCCUCGGACAACUGGGCCAUGGAGGGCGGGCUGGACACCGAGAUCAAGAUGGUGGAGGACGACGGCAGGACCUACUUCUACCAGAUGUGGUACGACCAGGAGUACGCGCGCUUCGAGAGCCCGCCCGGCGCGCGCCCCACCGACGACAACAAGUACAAGUUCUGCAUGAGCUGCGCGCGCCUGGACGAGGUGAGGCACAAGGAGAUCCCCAAGGUGGCCGAGCCGCUGGAGGAGGCCGACGGCAAAAUGUUCUACGGGGUGGCCACCAAAAACGGCGUCCAGUACCGCGUGGGCGACGGCGUUUACCUGCUGCCCGACGCCUUCUCCUUCAGCCUGAAGCCGGCCAGCCCCGCCAAGCGGCCGCGGAAGGAGGCGGUGGACGAGGAGCUGCACCCCGAGCACUACCGGAAAUCCUCGGAAUACAUCAAGGGCAGCAACCUGGACGCGCCCGAGCCCUUCCGCGUGGGCCGCGUGCGCAGCAUCUUCUGCAGCCUGCGCGGCAACGGCAAAGCCAACGAGGCCGACAUCAGGAUGGUGGUCAACAAGUUCUACAGGUGA